GCGGCGUAUAGUAGUGUACACACAUAUACAUAUACACAGUAAGUGGCCAACAGGCACAUUGAGGCCAGUAAUGGCACCUGUCUUGAGGGCCGUGUGCGCUGUGCUUCUGCUGGUCACUCAGGGCCCUCGUAGAGGAGUAACUGGGAGCGGAGGGGACGGUAGCUUUAUCUACAAGUCUUCACCUUUGGAUAUGAGCACAGGGCCGACUGCAGGGGGCUGCGGCGAAAGGGACUGGGAGGCUGACUCCGCCUGGGACAUGGAGGAGUGCGAUUCGUCAUUUUUUACUUUCCGUGAGCUAAAUUGUGAGCCAAGAGGAUCACCUGCCUGUGAAUCCAUUAUCUCGUUGAAUACAGAAAAAAUCCUGAGUCAAGCUAAGUCACUGGCCGAUCAGAAGAAGCUUCCAUUUAUCACUGAUGAUGACGACACAAACGAGGAGUUGGCUAUUGGGUAUGUGUUAAUAGGCAGUGGGCUCCAUGAUGAGGCAAUAAGACAUUUCUCAUCCAUGCUUCAGGAGGACACAGAUCUUGUCAGUGCUAUAUAUGGUCGGGGAAUAGCCUAUGGGAAGAAAGGAUUACAAGAUAUAAAGAAUGCAGAACUGGCUUUAUUUGAACUCAGCCGUGUCAUUAGUAUGGAGCCAGAUUACCCUGAAGUAUAUGAACAGAGAGCAGAAAUUUUGUCUCCUUUGGGCCGGAUUAGUGAAGCUUUGAGUGAUCUCACUAAAGCCAUUCAUUUACAACCGUCAGCAAGACUGUACAGGCAUCGAGGCACUCUUUUCUUCUUAUCAGAGGAUUAUGUUGCCGCUCAUGAGGAUUUCCAACGUUCACUGGAAAUCAGUCCGAAUCAGCCAAUUGCUGUUCUAUACAAAGGUUUGACCUUCUUCCACAGGGGACUUCUAAAGGAAGCUAUUGAAUCGUUUAAGGAAGCUUUGAAGCAAAAACCAAACUUUAUAGAAGCUUACAAAAGUCUUGGUCAGACUUACAGGGAACUUGGCAACUUUGAAGCAGCUAUGGAAAACUUCCAGAAAGCACUGAUGCUUGAUCAAAACCAUGUGCAGACCCUGCAGUUACGUGGAAUCAUGCUUUAUCACCAUGGAAGUCUGCAUGAGGCAAUAACAAACUUCAAGAGAUGUCUACAGUUAGAAACAUACAAUGAGGUAUGCCAGUAUAUGAAAGGGCUUAGCCACGUCUCUAUGGGCCAUUUUUAUGAAGGCAUAAAAUCUCAAACAAAAGUAAUGUUAAAUGACCCUCUGCCUGGCCAGAAAGCAAGUCAAGAAUAUCUGAAAGUAAAAUACUUGAGAGAAUACUCUCGCUAUCUGCAUGCCCACCUUGACACCCCAGUUACAGAAUAUAACAUUGAUGCUGACCUGCCUGGGAAUUUCAAGGACCACUGGGCCAAGAAUCUUCCAUUCCUCAUUGAAGAUUAUGAAGAGCAACCCGGACUACAGCCCCACAUAAAGGAUGUUUUACCUCAGAAUUUUGAAAGUUAUAAGCCAGAAAUACAGGAGCUUGUGUGUGUAGCAGAUCGUCUUGGUUCUUUAAUGCAAUAUGAGACCCCAGGAUUCUUACCCAACAAGAGAAUACACAGAGCAAUGGGUCUAGCAGCCCUGGAGGUAAUGCAGUCUGUGCAGAAGACAUGGAUAAACUCAAAAGUACGAAUUAAUGGCAAAACCAGAUUGAUGCAGUGGAGGGAUAUGUUUGAUAUAGCCAUUAAAUGGAGAAGGAUUUCUGACCCAGACCAACCUGUUCUUUGGUUAGAUCAGAUGCCAGCUCAAAGCCUUAUCCGAGGAUUUAACAAUCAUAUUAAUUGAUUAGGCCAGGUUAUUAAUAUGAGAUAUCUGGAAUAUUUUAAAAAGAUACUUGGCUUUAUAAAGGAUCGGAUCAUUGUAUAUCAUGGAGCCAAUAAUCCAAAGGGACUUUCAGAAGUUAAAGAAGCACUAGAAAAUGUUCAUGAAGUUGAAGAUCUUUUGCCUAUAAUGAAGCAGUUUAACAGCAAAACACGAGAUGGGUUCACAGUGAACACAAAAGUUCCCAGCCUCAAAGAUCAAGGGAAAGAAUAUGAUGGAUUCACAAUAACUAUAACAGGAGAUAAAGUUGGCAAUAUACUGUUUUCAGUAGAGACACAAACAACAGAAGAUAGAACACAAAUGUACCAUGCCGAGAUAGAAGCACUCUACAAGGAUCUAACAGCAAAAGGAAAAGUGUUAGCCCUCUCCACUGAGCUAGGAGAGGCAGAUGUUGUGUGUGAGCUGAUUCUAUCAUUGGUUUAUUAUUUUUACAAUUUAAUGCCUCUCUCCCGAGGCUCCAGUGUUGUGGCCUAUUCUGUGAUUAUGGGUGCUUUGAUGGCCAGUGGCAAAGAGGUAUCGGGCAAAAUACCAAAGGGAAAGCUGGUUGAUUUUGAAGCCAUGACAGCUGCUAACUCAGAAGCAUUUAGCAAAACUGCAAAAAGUUGGAUGAACUUACAAAGCCUGCUACCACUGUACAAGAGUCUUCCUUCAGUAUCCGAAACCUUCCCAACGCUCAGAACAAUGAUCGAAGUGCUGAACACAGACACAUCAUCUCACUGUCUGAAAACAAUCUUAUGAGUUCUAUAUUUAUAUAAGCAAUUGGCAGGGACCUGUUGCUUUUUAAGUUAUUUUUUUCCACAAGGAGCAAAUGAGAACAAAUUGGGUCCUUUACCACUUUUGAUAUUUUUUUUAUACCAAUGAAAACUUGAAUUUUCUUUUCUAUCUGUGGGAUUGUUUUUUUUAACCCUUUAAACAUCAGGCAGAGAAUUCAUGCCAAUGUUUGUAAACGAUAAUGUGAAAUCAACAAAAAGCUACAUAUUAAUAUUUUGACAACUUGAAAAUUUAAUUAUCUAUAUAUUGUGUAUUUGUUGUUUUCAGGAUUUUAGCUAAAUUUAUUUUAAAGUAAAAUAUUUUUUCAAUGCUGUUUUCUUUUUUGAGCCAUAAACUUGGUGAUGGGCAGUACUGAGCAAUCUGUCUAAAAUAAAGAGGGACUUGCAAAACUA